AUGGAGUCACUUCCUGGAAGAGCGGUACAUUCAAAAUCACGCAACGGCUGUUUGCGUUGCAAGGCCAAGAAGACAAAAUGCGACGAGAGGAAACCCGCUUGCGCCCGCUGCGAGAGUCGCGGGUUCCAAUGCCCUGGUUAUGCAUUGAAUGUGCGAUGGUCCCAAAAGCAUCAAGGCCAAACAGAGAGACCAUAUGCCAGAGGCCAGAGGGCAGCCAAAAGUCCGGACGCCGUCUCAUUCCGCAAUAUGCAGGCUGAACCCAUUGCUCCGGGACAUACUACCCAUGCUGCCAGUGAUACAGGCCCGGGCAGUCUGCAUUCCGGCUCACUGAUCAACUCUCCUUCAGCUUGGGACUUCCUAUUACCAGAUCAACUCUUUGAUUUCCAGGCCUCUUCCGAACAGUCAUUCAUGGUUGGCGAUGAUCCGUCAGCUACAAUAGCACACAAUGCCUUCUUAGGUUGUACUUCUGCAGAAUCCGUAUGGGGUACCACCAGCGACGCCUCUACAGUUUCGCCAACUGUUGACACAAUGCUCUCUCUAGGGCAAAGGCGCCUACCAGAUCCCAACCUAGCUCUGUCGACCCUUAUGGAACGACCUACUUCCAUGCAGUCUUCCUUUGGGAUGCAGCUUGAUGUCAGCCGCAUAGCCGCAAGUCCCCCACGCGAGCUUUCUCAUAUGCCCACUGUUCUAGCGGAGCAUUUCUUCCGUGAGGUCAUCACCCUGUAUUGCACCUGGGAUAGUAAAUCAAACACGAUGCGGAAUAUUGUUGAAAGAAGGUGGCAGUCAUCAGGGGUUCUUCAUCACACUAUCCAAAGCAUGGCUGCAGCAUGUCUGUCAGAAGAUUUCCCCCAUUUCGCCCCUAUUGCGGCCAAAGAACACGCAAAUGCCCUUCAGUACAUCCAAGAUAUCUCGUCACCGUCAUCUACACCAAGCGAGGAGAAACUUUUAGCGUCGACAAUGCUGGGGCAUACGGCUAGCUGGCUCAACCCCCAAAAUCUUGCGACAGACAUGUUCAGAGUCAGCUGUGACAUGGUCAGGGAGCUUCCUACAGAUGGCGAAGAUGCCGACUGCAAAUCAUUCUUCAGCGACACCAUGGAUUACUGGGCAAUGCUCUUGGUCUAUUUGACAGACAGAAAGAACCUCGGCACCUAUACAACUGAGCCAGAGGUACCAGUCACGGGAACCUCUGAUCCGUCUGAGCCCAUCGAGCCUCAUCCUUAUUCAGGCCUUUCAAGAGAGACGGUGAAGCUCCUCACAGAAGUGGGAAUGCUCAUUUUUCAGUAUCGAAAGCACAUAUCUAAUGUGAAGUUCAUGACGGAGAGAGAUCUGGACGUCUUUCGACAGUCAUUGCGGGACGCACGCCGAUUUGAACGGAGACUGCUCGCUCACCGCACACCUCACCUCUCAUUCGUCAAAGAUACGGGGGAUCCCAAGACCUCCCUGAUCCAUCUGCAACUAAUUGACGAAGCCUACAGGUGCACAGGUUUGCUACAGCUUUACCGCGUGUUCCCCGAUCUGUUGAAUGAGCGUUAUGCUCCUUGGGAUGAGCAGCUUAUUCUCCAGCCAGUCCCUUCUGAAACGGUCCCCAGCGCCCAAGAGAGGCAGACUUGGUUGACCAAACUGGCCAUUCAUAUCUUGAAUAUCCUCCGGGAGAUACCGUUCGAGUCCCGAACCCGCAGCGUGCAACCCUUCAUCAUGGUCUCAUCUGCAAGCGAGCUCAAACAUGACGAUUUGAGUCACGCGGAUGGUAAUCUGGGUGUGAGUCAGUUCUCGAUCGAAGUAGCGCGGGCACGUAAAUUCAUAAGCUCCCGGCUGGCAGCAUAUACUCAUAUUUUGUCUUUGCGUAAGAUAAGAGUUAUCUUCGAACUGAUUCGGUCAAUCUGGUCGGCGCUGGAUGCUGGAGAGAAGGAUGUGUAUUGGUUGGAUGUGGCGUAUGAGAAGCAGCUUGGAACGAUGAUGGGCUGA